GUAUGAAUAAUGAGAGUGAUAAUGAUAUAUCCAUGAAGUGAGAACUCAGACAUUCUCGAGUCUCUUUUUGUGAACUUCCGUGAGCGAGCCCAAGCCUACCUACCUUGACCUAUCAAUCCCAAUGCCAGACACUAUGAGAGCUCUUGUGGGCGCCGACUCGGGCAGCCGCUACCGCCUCGCCCAAGACGCCCCAAUUCCCGUCCCUCCACGCGGCAUGUUGCUCGUCCGCGUUCACUCGGUUGCUUUCAACCCACGCGAUGCCUCCAACGCUGUUGCUCACUUCGCCGGCACCGUCGCCGGGCUGGGCGAGGACGUGACGCGGUUCCAGGUGGGCGACCGCGUCGUCGCGAGCUCCUCCGGCCCAGCUGCAGACGCCACGGACAAGAGCGAAGGAGGCGCCUUUGCCGAGUUCGCGCUGGCCGGGCAAGAUAGCAGCUGCCGCGUGCCCGACGCCAUGGACUUCGCCGAGGCAUGUUCGAUCGGCAUGGGGCUCGCCGCCGUCGGUGGCCAGCUGUCGAUGAUGCACGGCGGCGGCGGCAACAACAACAACACGGUCAACACCACCACUGUGCUCGUUUCCGGCGGCGCGACGGCCGCCGGCACCUUGGCCACACAGCUCCUCAAGUUGGCCGGCUACACCCCGAUCGUGACCUGCUCGCCCGCCGACAACGCCCUGUGCCGGGAAUACGGCGCCGCCGCGUGCUUCGACAGCCACUCGCCGGCUUGCGGCGCCGACAUCCGCGUGCACACCGACAAUGGCCUCCGUUACGCGCUGGACUGCAUCGCCGAUGAGGCCACCAUGAAGAUGUGCUACGAGGCCCUCGGCUCCGGCUUCGGCUCGUCGUAUUACUUCGGUUUCGAGAAACCCGCUAGUGCCAUCGCCGUCAAGUACACGCGGCGGGACGUGCGAGCCGACUGGACGCUGGCCGACGGCGUGCAAGUGUUGGGCGGCGGCCUUGACAAUUUACCCGCGGCCCUGGAGGACUUGAAGACGGGGAGGGUGCAUAAUGCGAAGAGGCUGAUUGUGCCGCUCAUGGCGUAGUAGGAGGUACUACCUAGGUAGUCAGUAGAUGGACUGCAGGCGUUACACAGAUUACAGCUACACUAGAGAUGACUAGACCCAAUUUGAUCUUGGCUUGGAUUUUUGCAUGAGUAUUGUGAUUAUUUGUUGCCUACUAUUAAACAAGAGUC